AUGGCAUACUUACUUUUAUAUGUUGAUGACAUCAUUUUGACAGCAAAUACUGAUCAUAUUCUUGGAAAGUUUAUUACAUUGAUGAAACGAGAGUUUGCCAUGACUGAUCUUGGCCCGUUGCAUCAUUUUUUGGGUAUUUCUGUUAAACGUUCAUCUUCAUGCCUCUACUUGUCUCAGUCAGUUUACGUAAAGGAAAUCAUUGUACGUGCACCCAUGAUAAACUCUAAUCCUGUGGCCAUACCAGUUGAUACUAAUUCGAAACUAAGUGCAACCUGUCCGGUUAUCGAGGAUCCUACUUUAUACCGAAGCCUGGUUGGGGCUCUUCAAUACCUUACUUUCACUAGACUUGACAUUUCUUAUGCAGUUCAGAAGGUAUGUUUAUUUAUGUAUGACCCUAGGGAUUCUCACAUGCAGGCACUUAAGCGGAUCCUUCGCUAUAUUCAAGGUACUCUUGAGCAUGGCUUGUUCGUGUCUGCUACUACACUCACUGGAUUAACUGCUUACUCUGACGCUGAUUGGGCUAGGUUACCGGAUUUCCGUCGAUCCACUUCCGGAUUCUGCAUAUUUCUAGGUGAUAACCUGGUUUCCUGGUCUUCUAAGCGUCAGGCAAGUGUCUCUCGCUCAAGUGCUGAGGUUGAAUAUCGGGGAGUGGACAAUGUUGUUACAGAGACUACUUGGCUUCGCAACUUACUUCUUGAGCUUCAUCUACCUCUACGACGUGCCACCAUUGUAUACUGUGAUAACAUCAGUGCCGUGUUUAUGUUUGGUGAUCCUGUUCAAUAUCAACGCACCAAACAUGUGGAGAUUGAUAUACAUUUUCUUCGUGAUCGCGUUCGUAUUGGUGAUAUUCACGUACUACACAUCCCCUCGGAAAAUCAAUAUGCUGAUAUUUUUACCAAGGGCCUUCUACGACAGCUGUUUACUCGUUUUCGUGCUAGUCUGAGCGUCUGCUCUUCUCCCGCUCUGACUAAGGGGGUAUAA